AAACAUUGCGCUAGUUGUGUAUUUUGAACUUGAACAUUUGAUUACUACACAAGACAAAUUAUUGAUUGAUGUGCUGUAGUUUUUAGUAAUUCAUCUUUAUUUUUAAUGUGCAAAUUUUUUUGGUUAACUAAAAUGCAACUCUGUGUAUUAACAGCGCGGUUUUCACUUUAUUCUCACUUUCAUUUUGCUUUGAGUGUGUGGUUUGUAUUCUAUUGCUUUUUCCGAUGUAUGUCGUAGCUUCUUUUUGAACGGUGUGUGAGAGUAAGCAGGAUAGAUUAAUUAUUCACCCGGUUUGCAAAUUUGUUUCGUUUCGUUUUUCUACGAGACCGACCUCUCAUUCCUGUUCCUGUCAUCGUUAUUCAUUCUCGUUGAUUUCGUUCCGUAUUAAAAAGUUUUCCUGUAGAUUGUGAAGCCGUUGACUGUCUUUUUAGAAUAAAGUUCUGCAUGGAGGCGGGGGAAUUAAUUGAAAUAUUACAAAAGUUCGUCUUUAUCUAGUUUUCUAUUUACUACGGUUGUUUUCAAAGCCAGCUCUUCGUACUAAACAUUUCAACGUCUAUGCCAUAUGUAAUAACUAAUGGAAAAUACUUCUACAAGAAAUAUAUAAACAUUCAUCAAAUACCAGAUGUAUAAAAGCUUUUAAGCGAAAUCUAGAUUUCAGUCCAAAUUAGAAUCUUGAGUUAUGGAAAUAUUUUCAACACUCCAUUAGAGUAGAUAGCUAUGAUUUUUAUAAAAAAAAUAUAAAUAAUAUACAUAGAGUUUGGAUUCAUCUUCAAAUAAAUCUUUGUGUUAAUAGAACGAUUAAAAGAAAAUACUUCAAUCAAUACUGAAGCGCCAAAUUAUUAAUUCAUAAUAUAAUUGUGUACUCAGACAUGAAUGAUACUUAAAAACAGCAAGUACUGUAUUAUUUAGCACAUACAAGGCCAUGAUAAAAUUACUAUUCUAAUAUUUCGGCAAUCGAUUUUUAACGAAGUUGGUUAAAGUUAUUAAAAUUGCAUAGAUAAUUUGACAGUGCUGGCAAUUUUUGUCUCUGUGAUCGCAACAACUGACAGUAUCAGUGUGGCAAAACAAAGUAAACCAAUUUGAAGUUAAAAUAAGUAAACAAAUGUAUAUGAUGGACGAGUCUCAACCAAAAACGUUGUAUGUUGGCAACUUAGACGGUUCAGUUUCAGAAGAUUUACUUAUCGCAUUAUUCAGUCAAAUGGGUCCCGUCAAAAACUGCAAAAUCAUAAGAGAACCCGGCAAUGAUCCAUAUGCAUUCAUUGAAUACUCAACUUAUCAGGCGGCAACUACUGCACUAACUGCAAUGAAUAAACGUUUAUUUCUUGAUAAAGAAAUAAAGGUGAAUUGGGCUACUAGUCCUGGGAACCAGCCAAAAACAGAUAUUAGCUCACAUCAUCAUAUAUUUGUUGGUGAUCUCAGUCCCGAAAUUGAAACAGAGACAUUACGUGAAGCUUUUGCGCCUUUUGGUGAAAUAUCGAAUUGCCGAAUCGUAAGAGAUCCCCAAACCAUGAAGUCGAAAGGAUACGCUUUUGUUUCAUUUGUAAAGAAAGCAGAGGCGGAAAAUGCGAUACAAGCGAUGAAUGGUCAAUGGAUCGGCUCGCGGUCGAUUCGAACAAAUUGGUCGACACGGAAAUUGGCCCCACCCCGUGAAUCUACCAAAUCUGGUAGUGGAAUGGGCAUGAAGGGAAAUGUACGACAUACCUUUGAGGAGGUAUACAAUCAAUCAAGUCCAACCAAUACCACCGUUUAUUGUGGAGGUUUUCCUCCGAAUGUAAUUAGUGACGAAGUUAUGCACAAGCAUUUCAUACAGUUUGGACCUAUACAAGAUGUACGCGUUUUCAAAGAUAAAGGCUACGCUUUUAUUAAGUUUGUUACAAAAGAAUCAGCCGCACGCGCAAUUGAGCACACUCACAAUUCGGAAGUGCACGGUAAUCAAGUCAAAUGCUUUUGGGGGAAGGAAAACGGUGGCGAACACUCGAUGAACAAUGUGGCGGCAGCGUCCGCGGGCGUAGCAGCUGCCGCAGCAGCUGCGGCCGCUGCCGCCGGCACUAUCAUAUCGCCUGGAGUACCGACCACACCACAACAAGCAGCAGCGGCCGCUGUCGUAGCUAACGCUGCUGCGGCUGGAGCAGGAAUCCCUGCACAAAUGAUGACUCAACAGCAGCUAGCUGCCGCUGCCCAGUAUCCAUAUGCAGCAGCCUACCAACAAAUGGGUUAUUGGUACCCACCUACAUUGUUUACACCGUUACAGGGCUAUCCGGCCGCUCAAAUGCAAACGCAAUAUAUGCAACAAGGAUACUAUCCAUAUGCCUAUGCUAGUGCUCAACAAGCCGGAGCUGCGGGUUACCGCAUGGUACAGCCGAAUGUGGCAUGGGGCGUACCGGGCACAGUUGUGCCGAGCGUAACGGCAGCGGCUGCCACAGCUGCUGCUGCAGCAAAUGGCUCACUGGCUCCGCAAAUGAUGUAUAGCGCUGCCAUGCCUCAGUAUCAGGGCCAAUGAACCUGAUAUGCCCGUCAUAGUUGUUGCAGCAAGUGGGUGAUACGGAGGAUUAAUAUAUUAAAAGGCAUCAAAAGCAAAACACCAAACGAAUAAAACAAACCGAAAACAAAUACAAAUACAAUGAAAGCUCAAGUUGUGAAUUAGAGUACCUAACUACUUAUCUUCCCACUUGGUGCUGUAAUCAUGGUCUGCAGUAUUGUCAUAAAACCGCAACAUAUAAUGCUACCUACCAGCAACAACUGUAAAUUCGUAAAGCAACUAACGUGACGCUAAACUCAACACAGGAUCAUAGCCAUUUUUGUCUUUAAUAUUGGAUUGACUGCGAAAAAAUUAAACACAACUAAAAUGAAUAGAAUUAAAUAGGAAUGUAAAGAUGACACACGGGGAAAACUUCUGCAGCAGAAAUGUUAAGUAUUGGAAGCAGGGCAUUGUUCUUGCUGUCAUGCAAAAUAAAUAAGUUUCUUAUAACGAAAAAAAAACCAUCAACAUACAACGUAAAAUUCAAAGCUUGUAAUAUUCGCUAUAAUCUCGAAACAUAAAAGAAAAAACACAAACAAAGAUGAUAAAGAGAAGUUAGAAAUUAGGUCGUUGUUAAAUAGAUUAUAUUUAAAAUAAAGAGAUCUUAAUUAUAUAAUGCGAUCGAAGAUAACUACGAAGAGUUACAGGAUAUUUCAAAUACAAAAACACCCACACUUUGCUAUUAACUUAACAUUUGUAAGCAAUUUACUUAAUAUAGCGAGAGAAUUUUUUUACUUUUCAAUAGAUUAACACAGCUUCAGAGGACAAAACACAUUACUUCGAAAUGUGGCAAGAACUCCAUCAAUCAGGACAUCAACAACAAAAUAUUGUAAGAAACUACUGCAAGUGGAACUUGACGGGCGGGUAGAGUAAAUGAUCUAAUCCAUUCUACAUUUAAAGUAACAAGUUAGGAUAUUUAAUUUAAUGGAAGAAAGUAAAAAAAAAAAAAACAAA